CCAAGACCCAUGUGAAACGACCUCAUUUCGUUCAAUGGACAGCUGAAUGGCGCUAAAGUUUGCCUGAUAAUUAUAUUUUGAAGUUCUCUCGUAAGGGGAGAGUGAUCGUGAUAUCUGUUGGUAUUAAUUCGGUCGAAAUCCUUAAAUCAAGAUGUCUAAGAAAGUACAGAAAGUUAUGGUCCAGCCGAUCAACCUUAUUUUUAGGUACCUGCAAAAUCGCGCUCGGAUUCAGAUUUGGUUAUAUGAACAAAGCAAUUUACGUAUCGAAGGACAUAUUAUUGGUUUUGAUGAAUAUAUGAAUCUAGUAUUAGAUGAUGCUCAAGAAGUUCAUUUGAAAACAAAGACUAAAAAACAAUUAGGUCGGAUCCUGCUGAAAGGGGAUAACAUCACGUUGAUACAAAAUGUCGCUCCUGUUAAUUGAUUGAUGAUCAGAUCAUUGGCAUGCUUUCCCAUCUUGUAUAUAUAACGUGUUUUUAUGAAAACAUAACAUUUUUUGAAA